UUCCUCUGCUUACCUCGAUUGCUAGGAUUGUAUAUAGAUAAACCGAUAAGGAAACAAAGAAAAAGAAAGACAAAUGCGUGGACUAGGCCUCAAGCUAGCUCUACUCCGCAUCGCCAUGAUGCUGUGCGUAUGUAAAGCCACCUCCUCCCUUCGCCCUCUAAUUUUGGUACCAGGGAGCGGCGGGAACCAACUUGAAGCGCGGCUAACAACUGGUUACAAGCCCUCGGGCCUGUUUUGUGGCCGUUUCUACCCAAUUUUCAAGGAUAAAGAAGGUUGGUUCAGACUGUGGUUCGACCCCAGUGUGCUACUGGCUCCAUUUACCAAGUGUUUUAAUCAACGCAUGAUGCUUUAUUAUGACCCUGAUUUAGAUGAUUAUCGCAAUGCUCCUGGGGUUGAAACCAGGGUCCCUGAAUUUGGUUCUACCAACUCCCUUCUCUACCUUAACCCUAAUCUCAAGCGUCUCACGGCAUACAUGGCACCGUUGGUGAAGUUACUGGAAGAGAUUGGUUAUGUGAGUGGUGAAACCAUGUUUGGAGCUCCGUACGACUUUCGAUAUGGCUUAGCAGCUGAAGGCCACCCAUCCCAUGUGGGAUCCAAGUUCCUGCAAGAACUAAAAGAUUUGAUAGAAAAAGCAAGCGCUUCCAAUGGAGGGAAGCCGGUGAUUCUCCUCUCCCACAGCUUGGGAGGCCUUUACGUACUCCAGCUUCUCAACCGAAACCCACCUUCUUGGCGCCGAAGAUUUAUCAAACACUUCAUUGCACUUUCAGCUCCUUGGGGCGGCACGGUUCAAGAAAUGCUCACAUUUGCUUCUGGGAGUUCAUUCGGGGUGCCCCUGGUUGACCCAUUUCUGGUGAGGGGAGAACAAAGGAGCUCCGUGAGUAAUCUCUGGCUCAUGCCUUCUCCUAAGCUUUUCGGCCCUGGAAAAGCUCUUGUAAUUACUCCAAACAAGGCUUAUUCAGCUCAUGAUAUACCAGAAUUUUUGAACGACAUUGGAUAUCCAGAAGGGGUGAUUCCUUAUAUAUCACGAAUCCUCCCCAUGACUGAAUCAUUAGCAGCUCCCAAUGUUGGUUUGACGUGCAUAUUUGGGACAGGGGUGAAGACCCCAGAGACUUUGUUAUAUGCGAAAGCAGGGUUCGAUAAGCAGCCAGAGGCAGUUUAUGGGGAUGGGGAUGGGACAGUGAACUUGGAGAGCCUAUCGGCACUCGAGUCACUGUGGGCUUUUGAGAAAAACCAAUCACUUAAGGUGAUAAGAAUGAGUGGGAUUUCUCAUACUUCAAUACUGGAAAAAAGUGCAGCACUUGAGGCGAUAAUAGCGGAAAUUUCUUCCAUCAAUUCCAAGGCCCAGGCCGAGGUCUCUUUCGAGUAGAGCCGUCGAAUUUGGACAGCAAUACAAACUUUUCAGAUAUUCCAUUGUAACUAAGAAACAAAUUUCUGUGUUUCGUUGCCACACAUAGCUUAUACAUGGAAGUUGGAGCAUGUAAGCUUCGGACUUUGGGUAUAACUGUCUUGUCAAGGCAAAGGCCGAAAAUGAGAAAAAUAUACUUCAUCCAA